UUGAACUUGGGUUUCUCUGCUGCUGAUCACUGUUAUAACCAUUAACUUUCUCAGUAAGUAGUAUAAGGCUGCAUGUCAUGCUAGGCUGUGUGCGUUUUGGAUCAGUUGUGCUCAUAUGGUUCACAGUGCUAAUAGUUCACAUAAGAUAUAUUAAAAAGCACUGUACCAGCAUCUUCUAUAAUGGCUGUCAUUGUGUCCUACUCCACAUCUUUAUAUGUUUUCAAUCAUUUUGAAAGAAUAGUAAAAAUUGUCCUUGGUUUGCCCUAUAACAAAAAACUUGGGUCAAGAUUACAAGCAGGUUGAGCAAGUACCCGCAAGUACAUUUUGUGCAACUCAAUCACAACUGGUUUAAUUUGAAAAACUACAUUAACCAUGAUUUAGUGUAUUGUGUGAACAUAGCUUCAAGGAAUUCAAGGGGAUUUAACUCCCAAAUGAGGCUGUUCUGCUGCAGCAGAACACAGCAGCCAAAAAAAUAUUGGUCAGGCUUUCUCAUUAUGAUCGGCACAAGCUAUUUCUUCUGAAGGUAAAUCCCAGUUUUUUCUGCUUCUUUCCUUUAAGCCGAAGCACCGAAGCUUGCAGUUUUAAGAAAAAAUAAAUAACAAUAGUAACAUUUUACUGAUUCCAGCCUGAACUGGGGUAGCCAAACUGCAUGCCUUUUUAGCGGUCGGGAGAGGGAGCGAGAGGGCCAGAAUUGGCGGCAGGCGGGCGGGCGGUUGUCCGUCCCUCUCCCCCCCCCUUCCCUGGUUGAUUAGGGAAGGAGGGAGCGCCGGGGCUUCACUUUCCCUGGGAGUGGAGAAGAGGAGGAGCGCAAACUGCGCAGGCGUCUCUCGCACCUUGUUGAUUAGUCAGUCCCCUGUGCUGGGAUGGCGUUUACUGGGUCAACUGGAGCUACUAGCGAAAGAGUCAGGGGGAGCGACAGCAGCCGCCUUUGCAACCCACGCCGCGGCCGGCGGAGUAGCAGCGGUCGGUGCCAAGUCACCUUGCCGUUGAGCCAAGUCCAGAAUGGCUCGGGAAGGCGACCGCAGCAACACUAGAGGCUGAGGGAAGAGUGCAGCUUUCCCCAAAGACUUCGCCGCCGCUUGGAUCUUCCGAUCGAAAGAAGGGCGGGAAGAUGGAUGCGGCCCCCUCGCCGGGCUUCAGUCUGAAGGAUGUGAAAUGGAGCUCCGUGUCCAUCCCUUUGGACCUUCUGGUUAGCACUUACCGCUUGCCCCAGGUCGUCAAGCUGGACGGCGGUAGUAUGAUGAACUACUUGUGCAAUCAAACCUCUGUGAUGACGGGCACACAGAAAACUUCUUCCUCACAAUCAGGAGAACCUAUAGAAGGUCUUCGAGAGAGUGAUUACCUAUUGAUUCAUUCAUGCCGACAGUGGACAACUAUUACAGCUCAUAGUCUAGAGGAGGGCCAUUACGUCAUAGGACCGAAGAUAGAAAUUCCAGUGCAUUAUGCCGGGCAGUUUAAGCUGCUGGAACAAGACCGUGAUAUUAAGGAGCCAGUGCAGUAUUUUAACAGUGUGGAGGAGGUGGCUAAAGCAUUUCCUGAACGAGUUUACGUCAUGGAGGAAAUAACAUUCAACGUUAAGGUGGCUUCAGGUGAAUGCAAUGAAGACACAGAAGUUUAUAAUAUUACUCUUUGCACAGGAGAUGAGCUCACAUUAAUGGGACAAGCAGAAAUCUUAUAUGCAAAAUCUUUGAAGGAAAAGUCACGGCUCAAUACCAUUUUUAAGAAAAUUGGAAAACUCAAUUCCAUUAGCAAAUUGGGCAAAGGCAAAAUGCCUUGCUUGAUUUGCAUGAACCAUCGGACCAAUGAGAGUAUUAGCCUACCUUUCCAGUGUAAAGGACGAUUCAGCACACGUAGUCCCUUAGAGCUGCAAAUGCAAGAAGGGGAGCAUACCAUUCGAAACAUCGUGGAGAAGACACGGCUCCCAGUCAAUGUGAAUGUGCCAAGCCCUCCCCCACGGAAUCCUUAUGACUUGCAUUUUGUCCGUGAAGGGCACCGUUACAAGUUUGUUAAUAUUCAAACCAAGACAGUUGUGGUUUGCUGUGCACUAUAUAGUAAUAAAAUUAUUCCAAUGCACUUUCCUUUGCAUUUAGCUCUUCCAAAGUUUACCCUUCCAGAAAGUCUUGUGAAAGGAGAAGUAUGGCAUGAAGCCUUUGUGAAGCACUGGUUUGGCCUCUGUCAAGAGCAGUUUGAUAUUGAUGAAUAUUCUCGUGCUGUGAGAGAUGUAAAAGCUGACUGGAAUGAAGACUGCAAAAGCCCACAAAAAAGUCGACCCACCAGCCACAACCAUGUGCCAAACUCUCUCAGUUAUGCUCGGGAUGAGUUGACCCAGUCUUUCCACCGUCUCUCAGUCUGUGUUUAUGGAAACAACCUCCAUGGAAAUAGUGAGGUGAACCUUCAUGAUUGCAGAGACUUGUGUAAUGAGUGGGCUUUAUCUUCUCAUGAUGCUUUGCAAGAUUCUAGGGAUGGAAGCUGUAACUACCCUUUCCCUGAAAUUAGUGAAGAAACAGUUUCUUUACCUCCUAAACUGGAACUUCCAUAUGAAGAACUAUGGUUGGACAAAGAGGAUAGGAAAGUGAAUGAUCAGCCACUUACUCGCUCACAGAGCGAAAAGAACAAAUGUGACAACUACAGGAGUUCUUUCCGGUCCAAGGGUGGUACAGCUUCUCUGCCAGCACCUGGAUCUUUAGUAGCAACAGCAAAAUCCUCAGAUGUUUCCCUACCUCCACCACCUGUGCCUCCUAAAUCAGAAGCGGUCAGAGAGGAAUGUAGACUCUUGAAUGCUCCUCCUGUCCCACCACGCAACUCAAAGCCAACAUCUACUAGCCCUUCUAUUCCUCCACGGAUGAGCAAACCUGUGCAGCAGCAAACUCGUUCUCCUAGUCCAACACUUUCAUAUUAUUCAUCAGGACUGCAUAAUAUCAGCACCACAGAAGGAGAUGCUGAAAACUCUUCUGAGAUUAUUCCUGUAACUUGUUAUCCGUGUGUUAUGGGGAAAAAAGACCUGCAAGAAGUUGACAACAAAUUGCCUUUGGGAAGCCCGUCUGCUGAUGCUUUGUUCUCUAGACUUUCAUGGCCAAAUCAUUUUUCUGGAGCUGCUGAAGGCCUUACUAGGAGUGAGUUUCUGUUGGAUCCAAGCAGAAGUUAUAGCUAUCCAAGGCAGAAGACUCCCAACACACCAAAGAGAAGUUGUCCAGCACCUUUUACAUUCAAUUUUGACAGAAAUGAAGUCUCUGCAGGGGAUGUACCGCCAGCUACAACUGAGGUAGAAUGCACCAUGCCCAGUUGCCCAAAAUCAGCAAGUUACUCACUUGAAUAUACCGAUGAAAAAAGUUUGGCAGUAAGUGGUACAUUGCAGUCACUUUCUUGCCCUGCCUUACCCCCUCGUGCACCAAAGAUGGUAGAGGAGAAGCCAGGGUUUGACUUGUGUCCCGGGUCUCUCAGAAUAGAUGGUGCUGAGGAGGAUCCUCUCAGGAGCUCUCCAGACCUUUCUGAAGACCAGUAUCUGGGUAAAAAAAGCAUGCAAGACCUCUUCUCAGUUUCUUAUUCUUUCUCAUCACCCCUUCAUCUUCAGUUAGCACCAAGAUCUUGUGGUGAUGGUUCACCAUGGCAGCCACCCGUAGAUCUGUCUGGGCUUUCCAUUGAAGAAGUAUCUAAGUCUCUGCGAUUUAUAGGCUUAUCCGAGGAUGUCAUAACACUUUUUGUUACUGAAAAAAUUGAUGGCAACUUGCUUGUCCAGCUCAAUGAAGAGAUCCUUUCUGAGGACUUUAAACUCAGCAAACUACAAGUUAAAAAAAUAUUGCAAUUUAUUAAUGGCUGGAGACCUAAAAUGUAGUGCUGACCAGUUCAACAAAAUGAACUGAAGUAUGCUGAAACUAACUCACAAUCUACCAUUUUUAAUUUUUUAUUGCACUAAGUCCUUCCUUCCUUCCUUCCUUCCUUCCUUCCUUCCUUCCUUCCUUCCUUCCUUCCUUCCUUCCUUCCUUCCUUCCUUCCUUCCUUCCUUCCUUCCUUCCUUCUGUAAAUAGUAGGAGAAAAACAGUAAUUACUAUGCAGAUAAUUUUGGGUGUUAAGCAAACACUUUUGUACAUAAUAGAAGGAUAAAGGUGUGCCUUUUGCAUCCCUGAACAUUCAACAGCUGCUAAAUAGUGGACAUUAAAGGGAAUUAAUUUGUUCUCAUGUAGUCUAGUGAGACAUAUUUAUUACUAUGGGUUAGCAAAACUGGUGCACAAAUCAGUUAUUUUUAUUAUUUUUAUUAUUGCAUUUCCCUGUAAUCUUUUUUUCUUUUUGGGUUCUUAUUUUAAUAAUUAUAGUCAUUGCCUUCUGUUUUUAUUGGUUGAACAGAAAGUGUCAAAUAUUCCAUCUCUGCACUUUGUUCUUGUUGUAGAUUCAUUUUUAUAAGAUUCCCAGGUUGUAAUAAAUAAUGGAUCCAUAUUUCAAUGCAAAAAUAAAAAAUAAUAAAAUCCACCACAGUCUUGGCAGAUAGAUUCUUGCACCCAACAGGAGGUGAUUUUUUUUUACAUAGCAUACCAUUAAUGAAAAGAAAGCGGUAAAGGCUUUUGAUGUCUAGUAGGCGCAUAAGAUUAAGAAUAUACUAUUUUAAUAAUUUCAAAGAUAAUAGCUCGGUGUCAACCAAGAGCAGAAUAAUUGCAUUUAAACGUUUUUCUAACUACUUUUCAAACUAUUGAAAUAUUUACAUAUAUUCUGAGCAAAUGGCAAUGCCUUAGUUUAAUUUGGAAUAAUUGGUAAAGAUCAUUAUCUCCACUGUUUAUGUAUAAAGUACAUUUAAAAUUAGAAUGGAUAUUAGAGUGAAUUUAAAGUUCAGUUGUAACUUCAGUUAAAGAAGUAAGAAACUGAGUGAUUCAAUGAUUUCUUCCUGAUGAUUCAUAUUCUUUUUUUCCUUAAUAUUCUUAAAAAUGCAUACAAUUAAGGAAGAAGAAAACCUGAUCUAUUAAUCUAAAUUAAAAGAAUCCACAUUCCAAACACUAAACCUGUCUAAUCAAAAUGAAACAGAAUAAUUUUCUUAAAGCAUUUUUUUGCUUAGGAGAAUAAAAAUGAUGUAUGUAUAUUAUAAAUUUUUGGUAUAUCUGACAUGCAUUUGAUUAAGCGGCAGUGGAUGUUAAUCUAUUUACCCCAUAUUUGUUUUGACUGUAACAGACUUAAAAUUGGACAAACCUCAAGCUUUUGGAAUUUAUUUUAGAGAAAUCCUGAGAUUCAGCAUUGCUGGAGGACUUGUACUAAAUAUAUUAUAAUAUUGUGCUUCUGAGCACAUGUUUAGUCCACAUACUUUUUCCUCUCCAAGUAUUCUUUAUCAGGAACCCAUUAUGGUAGAGGGCAGAGGAAGUUAUUAAGCAGUUGGAAACCAGAAACUGUCACCAAUCAAUGACAGUUUAAAACCAAAGAUCUACUAGAACAUCUCAAUCUACUUUCUGUUCCCACCUAUCAUGUUCAGCAAAAAAACUAAUAUCUCUAUAAGGGAAAAUGGGUCUAAUGUACCACCACUCAUUCCUUUGCAUAUUUAACUAUUAAAUAGCAAGAAUAAAUGAUUCCAUGUAUGUACUUUAAGUAAAAAAAACUAUACACUCUCCCAUCUCUUUAUGGCCUUGUUGCAAUAUUUCUGAAUGUGAUAUUUGCAUUUGUUUUUCAUCUGUUAUCCUUGUAUCAGGAUACUAUAAGGCUUGUUUGGAAACCUGACAGAAGACUGCAUACCAUAUAUGAGAGGAAGAAGCUAUGUUUUGGCCAUUAGAAGAAAAUUGUGACCUUUAUAAUCUGACACACACACAUACACACACACAACUUGGCAAAUUCAAACAGUCCUAAUUCAGCAAACUGUAUAAAGAAAGUGAUUUGAAAGUUAAUGCCUUUAAAAUUAAUGGAUGUUGGAGCCCAUUUGCAUAGAACUUUUUGGUAUGAACAGGCCAGCAGUGCAAUUUGAUUUUCAGAAAGGUGUGAAUAAUUUGGCUAUAUGCAGACAAUCUUAGAAAUUUCUAUGAUAUAAUGUCUAUCAGAAAUCAUACUUUAGUCCCAAAAGUGCUAUGUACAUGCAAGAAAGGAAUGGUUUGAACUAUUAUCCUAUUGAUUGUGUUACAUAAUAGGAUUAUGCCAAGAUGAGAGCUUCUAGGAUGGGUAAUAGGAAAUAAUUAACCGUAGGGUCUUCUUACACUAGUAUCACCACCUCAGAUUGGGCUCUGGUGCUAAUAGGGCCUGUAAAGGCCUGUGAUGAGAAGAAACAUGGAGAAAAUGAAGGAAAUCCAGAACAAUGAGUACUGCAAAUUUCUAGAUCAAGGUUCAGGGCAGGAGGGAAUGAAGACAUAUAGACUGUUGCAGUAAGUAGAGACCAGUAGGGAUCAACCUAAUAACUGCAAUAUCCAGAGAGAGGAACUGCUAAAUGUUCAAUAAGUGAAGGUGACAUGCUUUCACAGUUGCUGCUAUAAAUAGCAGAAGAAAAAGCAUAACUAGCAUAAUCCUGAUGUUCCUGAUGAUCAACACUGGAACUAGCUCAGAGCGGCUGAACAAGCAAAGGGAGAGAUCUCAUAACUCAGUUUGAAGUAGCAGGAUCUUUAUCAAUUCCCACCCUGGUACAUUGAUCUUUCUUGCUCCUUUAUCUUCCCUUCCAGAGGCUGAAUUCGAGGUUUUAACUUAUAAUUGUCCACUGCCUGGAUAUAUGUAAUAAUACUAGUCAGUUGUAAGAUUAGUUGUGGUAUUCAUAUGCACGGGGACUCUAUGCAAGGAAUGGUGCUAAUUCUUGAAACCCUGUCCAUUUAUACAAAGACUCUAGUAACUUCUAACUGAAUAGUAUGUCCAGACUGGAACAAUGUGAGACCACGCACUUGUACAGGUUACCAUAACUUUCUUGUGCUGUUAUGCAAAUACUUUGAAGAAGGAAAAAUAUUCUUGUUGAUUUCCUCAUAGAGUGAAUCAUCCUGGACAUAUUUAGACACCAUCUAAUAUCUGGUUCGAAAAAUGAUUGUGAUGAAAACGAUUAGCUGAAAAUACAACAUGAAAAGUUUGCUUUAGGCAGAGCUUUGAAUAUACUCUUGCUAUUGAAUCCCACAGUAGAGGAUUUUGCAGAGGAAACACUUUAUAAUAAUUCCUUAGACCUGAAUACACAAUGUUAUACCACAGGACUUCAAGUGGAUUUCCUUAUACCUGUAGGAGAAUGGAACCAGGGGAACUAAUGCCAGCUAUGUGUCUGCAUUGUCAUCGAUAAUCAAAUGCCUAAACUAUAAUGCAUUGUGUUGCAGAAUUUAACAAAAUCCCUCAGGGUUGUCCAUUCAGCAGUGGCCCACUAAUGAAAAGAAUUCCUAUUUUUACCUUCAAUCUAUUCUAGAAAUGCAUUCAAUCUUUCAAGACAGAUUCUAAGGAUGCAUUAAAGAGAAAACGAAGAUACAGAACUCAGGAACACACAUGAACACUAUAUAGCAGCAAAGAGAUUCAAAAAUCUCUUAACGUGUUGCUGUCAUAUUUUGGCAACUGGAGGCUUCAAAUCAGUGUUGACUCCUGGCAACUACCUGGACAACUUGCUGCAGUUUUCUUGGGAAGAUUUUUAGAAAUAGUUUGCCAUUGCCUUCUUUCUAGGACUGGGAGAGAAUGACUAGCCCAAAGUCACCCAGCUGGUUUCAUGCCUAAGGCAGGGCUAGAAUUUGUGGGUUUCCUAGUAUCUUGGUGCCUUAACUACUAUGUUAAACUGGCUCUUUUAGAUAACUUAGUGGUUAUCUAACUUCUUGCAGCCCAGAUCUAAAUCAUUCCCUAUGAAAGGUAUAUUUAUUUCAUGAGAUGAAAUCCAUUUGUGCAAAGCUGGAUGUACAAUCUUAAUAAUGUUUUCCAAGAAAUAAAUUUGUUUGAGUUAGAAAAUAUUAUGGACUUUGAUAAUGAUAGGUAUUCUUCUAAGUAUGCAUAUACUGUAAUACAGAGAUAAUGACAAACUGCUAAUGGUAAAAAGAAAAAAAAUCUAAUAGCUUUCUCCAAUCUGGAAAAUGUAUCAUAUUCCAUACAUUUUGAGAUUAGUCACAAUGGCUAGAAAUUUUGAAAUUUUAGGUGCUAUAAUAUCUGGAGGACCUCUGGUAAAGAAGAACAUCUUACAGAAUGCCUGAUGUAUAGUAUACUUUUACAUAUGUCAUAUUGCAAGUGGUUCAAUAGAAUUAGAAAGAGUGGAUCAAUGUAAUGGUUAAAGUUAUCCUGAAAUAAAAUAACAAUGUAUGAUUUUAUAGAUUCCUACGUAGCAGGUCUCACUCCUCAAAACUGCAAUAUUAUAAAAAACCUUACUGUCACUUCCUCCCCAUUCCCCCAUAUAGUAUUUCAAACACAGUAUUUAAGGCACAGUGGAGAAUAGUGAUGCAUUGAGUCAUUCCUGAAGGGGCAUGGAAUUCUCUUUCAUGAAAUGCAUGCUAUUAGUCUGAAGACUGAAUAGGUCUUGGUUAGUUUGAUUAAAAGAUAGCUUAGCAUUACCCAUUCCAGAUCAUAAAAAUCUUGUGUCUUAUCUAAAUCAUCCCAAAGGUUUAUUAGAAGCUUGAAAUAAGCAAAUUCAUAAUUUUACAAUUACUCAGUUAAGUUCACAGCCUCUGAGAAAUUAGAGGAGGAUAUAUAAUUAUUAAAAAUGAGGAACAAACAGCAUCUAAAGUAAAAACAGAUUUAAGUUACACAAAUCCAAUUUCACACUGGAAUAAAGAACUGGCAACAGUAUUCAGAAACUGUUUGACUGCAUUGUAGCUACUUCCUAAAGCAAAAUGAAUGAAUGGUGUUUAGGAUGCCUUAUGCAUAUAUCCCUACUCAAAGUUGUGUUAUGUUUGGAACAAUUGCAAUUUAAACAUCAAUUUCCAAAACUUAUUUUUUAAAUGCAAAUUGUAAUUUACCUUUCAGUAGAAAAAUGAUACUAGAAAACAAGCACCUGUGGCAUCUCUCAUUCAUAAAAAGAAGCUGAAAGCUAAGUGGGAUAUAAAAGCCUUGCAAAUAUAUUUAGGACAGAAGUUUUUGUCUUAAUUAGCAAUGGAUUUAAUUUGUGAAUAAAGAAAUUUGUUGGGCUGGGUAUAAAAUUAUUUUAUUCGCACUAUAUCAAAAAGCUUCUAGAUUCCAUACUACUAUUCAGUUUCAUGUUUCUAAGAAAUGUUUCAGAACAAAAUUGACUUAGUAAGAAUAUUCAUUGUUACAUUUGUGAAAUUUGUGCUGGUCUAUAUAUCUCCAUUAAAAUGUUAAGAUAAAAAACAAUUAUUUAAACCAGGAGUAAAGAAUUAACGCUAUAACGUAUAUAAAGACAUGUCAGUAUUGUAUUGUAAGUAUAUUUGUUUAUUAAAGAUACUAUUUUCAUGAUA